GACCGGCACCAACAGCAGCAGCAGCAGUAGAGUGAGAGAGAUUGCGGGUGUUAGAUACCGAAAGCGAGUGUGCUACUAAAAACCUGGCGCGAGUGAGCGAAGGCGAAGCAAGAAUGAAUUACACUAGCAGCUUUGCAAAAGGUUCCAGCAGCAGCGGUUUGAACGGUCUUAAUUAUGCAGCUGGUUCUGACCUGAGUACCACGGCCAAAAUCGUCAUCAGUGGAAUACCGCAACACGCCAAGUUCGACGAUAUCGAGCCGCUGCUGAAACCCUACGGCAAGGUGGAGCACUGCGAGGCGGGCACUAGCAAAGACCCGAACACCCAGACCGUCCAUAUCACGUUCGAGAACCACGAUCAGGCACAAAGAGCGGUUUCCGGUUUAAACGGAAUCGAGUUCGACAGCUCCAAGCUGCUGGUGGAACUGUCCGAGGCGAACAAACAGGCGCGCCGGGCGCAGCGCAACCGUUCGCAGUACGGCGCGGGAAUGCCGGGCGGAGGCGGUGGCCCCGGUCGCCAGACCGACUUUCCGCUGCGGGUGCUGGUGCAGAGCGAGAUGGUCGGUGCCAUCAUCGGUCGGCAGGGCAGCACAAUACGUCACAUUACGCAGCAGAGCCGGGCGCGCGUCGACGUCCACCGGAAGGACAACGUCGGCUCGGUCGAGAAAGCCAUCACGAUCUACGGCAACCCGGAGAACUGCACGAUGGCCUGCAAGAAGAUCCUCGAGGUGAUGCAGCAGGAGGCUAACAGCACGAACAAGGGCGAGAUCUGCCUGAAGAUCCUGGCGCACAACAACCUGAUCGGACGCAUCAUCGGCAAGAGCGGCAACACGAUCAAGCGGAUAAUGCAGGACACCGACACGAAGAUCACCGUCAGCUCGAUCAACGACAUCAGCAGCUUCAACCUGGAGCGCAUCAUCACGGUGAAGGGCACGAUCGAUAACAUGUCAAAGGGCGAGAGCCAGAUCAGCGCCAAGCUGCGCCAGAGCUACGAGAACGAUCUGCAAGCGUUGGCCCCGCAAAGCAUCAUGUUCCCGGGCCUGCACCCGAUGGCCAUGAUGUCGACCGCCGGCAACGGUAUGGGCUUCACGGGCCGUACCGGUGGCGGCGGCGGUGGGGCGGCCGGUGCCGGGGCCGGCGGAGCGGGCGGUGGGGCCGGCGGCAUGUAUCCGGGGUCCAACUUCCCCAUGUACCAGCCGCCGGCCGGUGGUCCGGCGGCGGCCGGGGUGCCGCCCGGCUCGAGCGAGGUCCAGGAGACGACCUUCCUCUACAUCCCGAACAAUGCGGUCGGCGCCAUCAUAGGAACCAAAGGAUUGCACAUUCGCAAUAUCAUCCGCUUCUCCGGUGCGUCCGUCAAGAUUGCCCCGCUGGAGGCAGACAAACCGCAGGAGCAGCAGACCGAACGCAAAGUUACCAUUAUCGGCACACCGGAGGCCCAGUGGAAGGCACAAUACCUGAUCUUCGAGAAGAUGCGGGAAGAAGGCUUCGUGUCCGGUACCGACGACGUUAGGCUGACGGUGGAGAUCUUUGUACCGAGUGCACAGGUUGGUCGCAUCAUUGGCAAGGGAGGCCAGAAUGUACGGGAACUGCAGCGCGUUACUGGCAGCAUAAUUAAGCUUCCCGAGCACACGGCCAGCACACCGGUCGACGAGGAAACCACGGUGCACAUCAUUGGUCCGUUCUUCAGUGUACAGUCGGCCCAGCGUCGCAUUCGCACGAUGAUGCAGGCCACGAAUCCACCUCCGGCAACGAAACGGCAAUCCACUCAGAAAACCAAGGAUCAGUCGGCGGUGGCAGUUGGUGGUACGCCAGGUGCAGUCACCACCGCCAGCGCCACCAGCACCAGUCCCGGUGCAACGGUUCCCGCUGCCGGUUCCACCAGCCCCUCUAGUACGCCACCCCAGCAGCAGCAACAGUCGUCCAGUACCAGUGCAUAAUCAAAACACUGCUGCUAACCUGCUGCGGCCACCGCUGCACAGGUAUCGUUGCGGCCGUCGAUUGGUCGCGGCCGAAAUAGAGGAAAGGGAAGCAGAACGAAUGAAGGCGGCGAUGAGUGUUGCAGCAGUUCCAUCGAUGAUACCGCCAACUGCAAUUGCACGGUGCCUCAAAGAUCACCGAACGCGGGAAAAGAAGAUUGACACAAGUGAGAACGAGAGAGAGGGGGGAUCGGGGGGCAUUAGAACGAAGGAGCGAGAGCAGUACGAGGCAUGGACGUUAGUGUGAUUGUUAGAAAUUUGCAAGUGCAACGAAAUGUGACCUCUCAUCAGCUCCACCAUCACCAACAACAACAACAACAACCACCACCACCACCACCACCACCUCUUCUGCCCCACAUACUGAAGAGAAAGCAAGCAGCAGCAGCAUCGGCUGCAUGAUGAAGCCAAAUACAACCACCCAACCAACACCACGAAUGCAAUAGCCCAGCAACGUCAACUUUACCACCGUCCGCACGCGAAAACGCGUCGAUAAUAGUAAAACCCGGGGCGAGAACUGUGUCGUCCUGGUCCUGGUCCUGGUCACACACUAUAAUGGCCCAGCCACAAUCUCUACUGUAUGUAUGCCGAUUGCAGCUUCCACCACCACUUCCAUCGACCAUCCGCUCCGGAACAUUAGUUUUGUUUUUAUAUACAAUGUUAUAUUUACACCUAUAACCCUUCUACCCAUUGCCUCAUCGCACUUCCAACCGUCUUACAAUAGCCAUAUGUGAGCGCAGCGUGGGAGCGGGCGCUCUCGACGAUGGCGAUACCAUUUUGCCAUCGCCGACCGAUCAACGAUAUAUAUAUAGUGAAUGGCAGAAGAAGGUGGCCACGCGCAGCAGUGCACCAGCUACAGCUCCGCGGCGGCUUCCGAUCUCUCGUCCGAUGAAAUCCUCCAUAGUUUUGUUAAACCGCGCAUAUAAUCAAAAUAGCCAAAAUUAUCAUAUUUACUUUAUCAUAUUUACUAUCAGUAAGUGUUCCCUCUUAGAUUUCUGUCCACUUAUUAGCAGCGGUCAGCACACUCUGUGUUGUGUCGCUCCGAGUGUUGUUUGCCGCCGAAGAGAAUUGUGUUAUGUAUAUGAACUUGUUUAUUAUUUUGGCUGGAAUAAGAAUACACCGAAAGUGUCAGGAAGAACAGCAGUGAGAGCGCGGCAGCACACA